ACUUUUAUUCAUGGCUAUCGGAUGAAGAAAGAAAAACAAAGACUCAUUUUGUGGUAGAUUCAUCUGGGCAGAAACAUAAAAAUUACACCAGGACGCUGUUUUGCUGUAAUAGAAGUGGGACAUACAAAGCAAAAGGCAAAGGUGAAAGACAGCUAAAAGCACAAGGGACUUCCAAAACAGGUUUCUCUUGCACAGCUACUGUCAUACUAAAAGAUUUUGGCAAUCGUUUUGAAGCUGUAUAUUUUAAAGAACAUUACAAGCAUGAAAAAUCCCUUUGUCAUCUCCCUAUUCCUAAACAAGAAAAGCAAAGUAUAGCAGGUAAAUUAUUGCAGGGGGUGGAAGAGAAACGAAUUUUGCAAGAUGCAAGAUUCUCUUCGAGAGAUGAUAUUGAAACAAAACAGUUAAUAACGAGAAAAGACCUGCAUAACAUUAAGAAGAGGGAUUUUGGUCUGAGCAUUAAUUCUAAAGGAUUAAUUUUAACAGAUGAUGAGACAAGUGUUUGGUCCUGGGUUAAUACGAUGUCGCAAAUGGAAUUCAACCCCGUUCUGAUGUAUAAACGUCAAGGAGAAAAAUAUGCAAAUAUCAUUGAUAUCAAGCCAAAGGUUUUCAUGAGCGAUGAUGCUCCCAUGUUCUAUAAUGCAUGGGAGCAUACAUUUGGUUCUUGCCAAAAAUUAUUAUGUGCUUGGCAUGUGGACAGAGCAUGGAAAGGUCAUUUGAAUUCUGUGCCAAAACAUAAAAGACAAGCAGUGUACAAAACUUUAAAAACUUUAAUGUAUGAAUUAGAUGAAGAAAUGUUCAACAAAAUGUUAGAAACAUUUUCUGAGCAACUAUGUGAAGAUGAAGACACGCGAGAAUUCCAUAAAUAUUUUAUGACAUACUAUUUUGAAAGAGCCAAAAUGUGGGCAUACUGUUUCAGAAAAGGGGCUAAAAUCAACACCAAUAUGUAUGUUGAAACAUUUCAUCGGAAAUUAAAAUAUAUUUAUUUAGAUGGGAAGAAAACCAAACGGGUUGAUAAAUGUAUCAUCGAGUUAAUUAAUCUUGUCAAUGAUCAAAAGUUUGACACUUACAUAAAAUAUCAGAAAGGAAAAAUAACAAAGAAGACAACAAAAACAUUUCAACGUCAUAAAGCUGCUGAGCUUUUAAAUGCUAACUGUGUAAAAAAAGAUGAUGUAUGGGAAGUUUCAUCAGAACUGGGAGAAAAUUCUUAUAAAAUUAUCAGAGAUCAUGUUUGUAAUGAUUUAUGCCUCAUAACUUGUAGACUUUGUUCAUGCUGUUUAAAAGCUUAUAAAUGUACAUGCCAUGAUUAUUCUAUUUUAAAUAAUAUGUGUAAACAUAUACAUUUUGUAAUCAUGUCUGAAAAAAAGACAGAACCUUAUAUAGGCCCUCUAAACAGAAUACCUACUAGGAAUAAUUAUGAAUCUUUAACACUGUCACGCGAAGAACCUGCAAUUCGACUACUUGUGGUGGAAAAGAAAAGGAGGGGAAGAGACAGCUUUGACUGUCGAACUGAUGUG